GAAAAAUAAUAUCCAAGAUCAAGGAGCUAUCGCAAUUGUAUAGUCUUUAGAAUCUUGUUAGAAUAUUAAUUAAUUAAAGCUAUAUCUUGGCUCAAAUAAUCUUCAGUUAGAAGGAAUCAGAUAAAUUUCAGAAUCUUUAAAAAAAUAUCAGAAUACUACUCAUUUAACUCUAUGCGUUUCUUACAAUAACAUAAAACAAGAGGGAAUUAUGUUAAUUCUAUCAGCUUUGCAAAAGUGCCAGAAAAUCACAAAUUUAACUCUUCAUCUCAUUGAGUCUAAUGUUAAUCUUGAUUUAGCUAAAAUGAUAGCUUCUGCUUUAGAAAAGUGUUAGAAUAUCACUAAUUUAACUCUAGAUCUUAG